CCCAGUAGUUUCAGAGGAGAAGAUUUUUGUAAAAGUUAACGCCGACGAACGAUGGACGACAACGGACGACGGACGCCAAACUCUGAGCUAAAAAUGAGAAUAUUAUAAAGCGUAUGUUUAUUUUAUAACACAUGAUUUUCUGAAGAUUGUAUAUACCUGCAAAUUGAUAUCUUUUAAUGGUUGAAUGUAAUGGUAAACAAAGUUAUCUUAAUGCAUCAGUUAACACAUGUCGGAAAUAAAAAACAUGUCGGAAAUUUAAAGUAUAUCACAACAAAUAACUGAUAUACAUAUGUUUUCUAAACAAUCCGCAAGUACAAAAUGGUAAAAUGUAACUGCCUAUUACUGCUUUUUAUAUGUGUCGCAAUACUUGAAUCAUUGCUGUUUGCAGUUCUAUAUGCUGGAUGGAGUUCGUAUGUUUAUAUUUUAAUUGAUUAUGGAUUUUACAUCGAUUUGUGCGAAACAACCAAACUUUCGUCAAACUUAGCAGGAAAUAAUUCCGUUACUUUGAUGUUGAGUAGAUUGCCAAAAGUUCCGCAUAAUAAUACUGAAAGUUUAUAUACUGCGAUAAGUGAACAAAACUUAUCAACAGAUUCUUUAGAAAAUACAACGAUACACAGAAAUGCAUGCAAAGAACAACAAGAACAGUUGCACCUUCUGUAUUCCAUAUCCAUGGUACCCAUCUUUUUAUUGUCUGUAUGGUGGGGUCCUUUGAUAUACAAAUUUGGAGUAACAGGUCCAAAAAUCCUAUCGAUAGUUUUAAUAUGCUGUGGUUGCUUAUUUCUUGGUUUUGUAAAUCAAGACAUCCCACUUCUGAUUAUACCGGGCAUGGUAUGUGUUGGAGUUGGUGGAAUAUGCUUGUUGGUAAUAAAUCUACAGAUAAGUUCCCUUUUAACCAUUGGGUCUGGAUUAUAUGUUGCUGUUCUUAGUGGUGCUUGUGAUUCCUCGGUUAUUACAUUUCGGAUAGUAAAAGUUUUCCAUGACUAUGGUGUUCCAUAUAGAUAUCCGUUUAUUGGGUUUGUCAUAUUACAUAUUAUUGUCGCUGGUAGUAGUCUUAUGUUGCAUAGAAAAUUUGACACAAAACCACUAGAUGAUCAGAAACCAGAAAUAGCUGAAGAAAUAAAUUCCAAUAAUGCAGACACUUUGUUGGAAAAAGAAAAAGGGCUAGAUGACUCGUUUGAAAGAUACAAUGCAAACCAAGAAAAUGAUACUGUGAACAAAGGUCCUACUUUGAAAGACAGUAUAUGUUCCCUGCCAACAAUUUCUUUCCUAUUCUUAAUGUCAGUUUUCAUGUUGAAUUUCCUGUACUACAUUGGAACAAUUAAUAGCAGAUUACAGAAUGCAGUUCCUGAUCAAGUAAGUUAUUUCACCAACGUUUUAUCCUACAUUAUGUUUAGUGGUUUAGUGACAGCAUUCCUGCCGGGAAGUAUGGCAGAAUGGCAGAGGAAGCUAUUUAAAGAUAGAAAAGUCAUGAUACAACGAAAUCUCCUGCCAAACAUUUUGCCAUUAACUACAGUCAGUAUAUUGGGAAUUGUGCUUCAGAUUUUGUCAUUCUUCCCCUCUGAAUCGACGCUGUACAUCGAAUUUGUUGUAUUUACAGUAUUUCGUUCAUUUCUGUUCAGUUCAGCCAUGUUAUAUGUAGUUUCAGCAUAUCCGCUAAGACAUACCAAUGUUAUAUUUCCAUUGGGUUUGUGUACUGGUGGAACUUUUUCCUUGUCACAGUACGCAAUUUUUCUGUGGUACAACCAAUCUACUAAUGCACAAUAUCAGGUUAAAAUAUUUAUAAUAUUGUUAUUAGUGACCUCACUUGUACAUCCGCUUAUAUUGUUCAUGACUGCAAAAGGUGCAUGCACGAAAAAAGAUACCAAAAGGAAAACAUUCGUUGGAUCCAGAGAGAAGACCACGAACAUAUAACAAGAUUGAAGUACUCCAAAUCAGAAAAAAAACAACUUAAAAAUAGUCAAUAAAGAUGAAUUGUAAA